AUGACAUUUUCUCAAGAUUUUCUAAACACUUGUCAAAAUACUACUUCCUCAUUAAAUAAACAAAAUAUUUUUCUUUCAAAAAACUGUCCUUCUGUUUCACAACCUCAACUGGCUAAAGAUUCUCCACCUUUCUCUAUAACUUCCCAAGACUCUUCUUGCUCAUCUCGAAAUAGACUCGGAAGUCAAAGUAGUAUCACUAGCAUUGAAAGCAAUAGCAGUAGUGAUACAUCUGUCAGCAGCUACUUUUCUGAAUCGUUAUCACCAAAAUCGCUGUCAUCCUCCUCUUCCUCACUGUCCUCUUUAAACUCUAAACCUAAUUUGCACUCAACGUCUUUUUCAGACACAGAGUUCAACGAAGCUUCGAGUCGCAUGAAAAAUUUUGAUUUUAUUUCCGCUCAGGGCUAUUCUUCCGAAGUUCCUUCCAAAAUGCAUGGGCUUGUUGCAAAUAAUAAUAAUACUAAUAAUAACACUCAACUCCAAAUGAGUGGCACCGAAAAUCAUCAUAAUGCUAUCUCUUCUUCUGAUCAUUAUACUGUCCCCUCCGCAUACGCCCCCCACUCUCAGCCGUCCAAUUACCCUUUUGUUACAUUAUCUUCAAACUGUCAACCACAAUAUUCCCCACCCUCACUUGAACUCAAACCUACUGUAUCCUCAUCUCAUCACUCAUCUCGAGAACAUCGUAGCAACAGUACCUCAAACACUGGAUCUUCAGGAAGUAAAAGACAUGGUCGCCAUUCUCAUUCAGCCCCCAGCUCCGGAUCUUCUUCCUCUUCCUUAUCUUCCUCAAUUUCUGUAACAUCAAUUGCAGCUUUGGUUUCUUCACCUAUCCCAACUCCUGUUUCUGUUUCUGUUCCCGCUCCUAGUCCAAUUCCCGCCCCAUCCCCAUCCCCAACACCAACAACGGUAUAUAGAGAUAAUGAGGGAGUGGAUUGGAUUACAUUUACUUACUCAAAAGAUCGUAUCCCCAAGGAACACCGCAUUCGAUGUGACAUUGAAAGUGUUGACAUUAACAAUCUAACUGAAGAAUUUAAAAAGGAUAAUUGUAUCUAUCCACGCGCUUGUGUUGUGAUCCACGAAUACAGAGGGAAUCGUUGGGAAUAUGAGACUCAAUGCAACGCUAUUGGCUGGUGUCUUACUUGGAUAAACCCAUCAAUCCGUAAAAGACGUGGUCUGAUUCAAAGAGCGGUAGACAAUUGGCGCAAUACCAAUGCAGAUCCUUCUUUGCGAUCACGACGAGUUAGACGGAUGUCGCGCAAAAAUGACAAGAUGAAGUGUUCAACCUUGGCAGCAGCAGCUGCAAAUGUAAUCCCAAGUCCGGGACCUCAUUUAGGUUCUAUACGCAGAACCUCAGCAUCACCUUCAUCAAUCAUUUAUCAGCAAUCACCAUAUACACCCGAAACUCCAACAGCUCCAUACUACUACUAUACCAAUUCGGACUCUACUGUACCACAAAUUCACCAACAACAGCAACCACUUGCUAAUGCUGCUCCCACUCCUUUAUCACAGCAAUAUCAAUCUGUGGUUAUGUAUGAGCAAAACCCUAUGCAAGUGUACCCGAACCAAUUUAUGGUAUCAGCUCCUAAUCCUCCACCGUAUCAUGUCAAUGGUCAGUUGGUUGCCCCAUCAAAUCAUUCAACCAUAGGGCAUCAUGCCAAUUAUCGUUAA